ACUAAUCUCGAAUAUAAGUAAUGGAUGAGUGGCUUUUUAUCUUUUUCAUCAAAAACAAGUUGCGGAUAAUGUAAAUAGCAACCAAUUGAUUAUGAGUUGUCGGGCAAUUAUGACUUAUCGCUUCUACUGACUCGUUGACUCAGUAGAAGCAGACUUUAGAGGCUUAAGACUUUCGUAUUCACCUUAGAUUUAUUGUUAAACAUCAGCUGAUAUCUAUUUAUAAGUCUUAGAAUACAUCUUCAGUUCUAGAGAUGGACAAAACAAUCUGGAAAGUUAUUUUCACACUGUAUGUCUUGGCUUCAGUGUCAGGGUACAGUUCAAUGUCGGAAAAAUUAGAAGGACUGUUGUCGUCGUUGGAUAAACUUAUUUAUUACUAUGAACAACAUAGCAGUGAAUUUAAUUUUGAUGGUAUAUUUGGCCUAAUACCUUUACAAGGAGCCCUUGAAAGUAUUACUGAUGAAUCCCUGUAUGAAAACUAUGAAGAGGUCAGGUUUGCAUUGUUACCAAUGAUGAGGAAACUUAAGAUUCAAAUUUCGAGGAUAAACGUGAUCAUUAGGAAAAGUGUGAAACUCUUUGAAAAGAAAAGAGACCCCUACUUUAUGAAAAUGGGUCAACUUUUGGCACUGAAAUGGACUUUUCCCAAUCGGAACACCCUGUAUUCUUUUUCAUCGAAUUCAUUAUUCAUACCAAGCGUGCAAAAUAUUUCUAGUGAUGAUUGUAUUAUUCAGCUACUAAAUGCCAAGCAUUAUGGGACCCUUGAUUGUCAUCUUUCAAUGAAAUGUAUCCUAAAGCUCAUGAACUUUCAUUCUCAUGGUUAUGAACUGGCUCACCAAGUUCUAUACAUUCUAAUUUCACAUCAAGUCAAUUGUACUGAUUCCCUGGAUGGUAUGUUGUCAAAUCUCUCGACCAGCGUGGAAGCCUUACAAAAUAAACUGUGUUCAAUUUUGUUUCGAGACUUUGUUAAAUUGUUUCUGCGUGUGGAAAUGAUCCCUCAAAAUCGAGAUAUUUUACUUGAAAAAAUGUUUGUGUGCGGAGGUCUUGGUUACGAAAAUUUUAUUCAGUUUUCUAUUCUGAGCAGAAUUUUGUCGUGGCAACAGCCUUCUGGAUGUUUUAUUUCUUCAGGUCCAGUAGGUGAAAAAAGCAAGCACAGAAAUACUAAAAUCAUGUUUCACGAACGUCAUCCCCUUGUUGAACGCAAACAUGCAGAUGGUUGUCUAUCACAUAUGACUUCUGUGGCUGCCGCUGUGAUGGGUCUGUAUUUGAGAGCGUUUUUCAUCCCCACAGGGUACAUGGAUGGAUAUUCAACCGAUUCAAUGCCUGUUAUAUGGAAAGUGUUUUUGGUCAGAUCAUAUACUUCACUUCCAAAACUGAUAGAAGAUGAUGAUAAUCAAAGUGGAAUUUCAAAUCAAAAUAUAUUAAACUCAUUUUCAAAUCGAUUAAUAUAUGUUAAAGGACCAAUAUAUUUACCAACCCGGAUCCCAUUUAGUUUAAGUUAUUCAACACAUUUUCAAGGAAAACUAGACGAAAUAAAUUCAGAUUUUUUAUUUGUUAGUAUUUUACUUUUAUGUUCUAUUUGUAUUUUUCUCUAUUUAUUAUUACGUAGUUUUAUAGUCUACUGUGGGUUUUUCAACUCAUCUAAACCAACUUUAAAAGUAUAAAUAACAGAAAAGAAACUGUACUCUAUCAUUUAUCAUUCAUAUUUCGUUCUUUUCAACUUACCAUUCGGUCAUUCUAAAUAAAAUUUUGUAAAAACGUUUAACUGUGAUAAAAAUUUAUCUUUUAAUAGAAAAAAAUAUUAUAAUUUUAUUCUUAAAGUGUGAAUUACUUUAACACACACACACACAUUACAAUUUACUAUGAACUAUGAUAGCAAGUGUUAUAGAAUGAAUCAGAAAUAUAACAUAGUCAAUCAAUUAUUUUUUGUCAUGCGGCACAAAUAUAAUGGCCACAUAAAAUAUUCCAUUAAUUAUUCAGUGAUAAGUUACACUCAGUGACAUACAAGUUCUUCACAGUUUGAUUAUAAGUU